GAGAGGAGUGUGACCACACUGGGACACUGAUAGAUGGAUGAUCAGUGAAGUUACACCCUGUGCUCUUCCAUAGGGCGUGGUGUAUUGUCAGCGGUGAUUGAGCUUCAGACAGUGCACUUAACUUUCCAGCAGCGGCAGCAGCAGCGUGUGCUCAGUGUGUGCAGGAGCCUCCCCUCACUCCUCCCUUGUAACUUACCCACCUCAUCCUCCCUCCCCUUCUCUGCCAUCGGGGGAAUAAAUCAGAAAAGGAAACGGAGAGAGAGAGAUUGGGAGCUGAGAUUUCAUCCUAAAGUAUCACUGAUGGCGGCUGAUCAGAGCUGGCUGCCAGAGUAAACUAGUCUCAGCCCAGUAUCCCCCUAUAGCUGCUGCCUGCUGCUGGAGUUUCUCAUUUUCCAUCCCAUCCCUACAUUGUGCUGGAUAGGAGAUCUGCCUGUUAGAUUGUGAAGAUGGCUGCUUCCUGGUUCCUAGUCUUUAGUCUGACACUUUUCCAGUCUUUGCUGAUAUGCCCAUCCUCUGAAGAAUACUUUCCUUCUGCGGCAACAAUUAAACAAUGGGUUGAGAAGAUGCAGAAUGAUUUAGUAACCUUGGCAAGAACAGCAAGUGGUGUGGAUCAGCUUGCAGACAUCUACUUAAAAAACAAACAUUUGUACACAGUGGAGGCCAAUAAUGCACGUCAGUUGGUAGAAAGUGCUGCAACUAAUAUAGAAAAACUUCUACGGAACCGUUCUAAAGCUCUUGUGCAUCUCGCAGAGAAAGCAGAAGAGAUACAAGGAUCCCAUCAAUGGAGGGAAGAUUUGGGCAAUGAUACAGUUUACUAUAAUGCAAAGGAGGAUCAAAUGGACCCUGACAAGAAAGACAACGAAUCUGUAAGUCAUCGAAUCAAGCCUGUGUUUCAGGAGGAUCCUAUCUUUAGACGUCAGACAUCUUACCAGCACUCUGCUGUGCAUAUUCCGACAGACAUUUACGAGGGCUCUACCAUAGUGUUGAAUGAACUCAACUGGACUGCUGCGUUAGAUGAAGUGUUUAAGAAGAAUUCAAAUGAAGAUAAAACACUUCUUUGGCAAGUCUUUGGAAGUGCAACUGGACUGGCUAGGUACUACCCAGCUUCACCGUGGGUGGAUAAAAGCAGAACUCCCAAUAAAAUUGAUCUUUAUGAUGUCAGAAGAAGACCGUGGUAUAUACAAGGAGCUGCAUCUCCAAAAGACAUGCUUAUCCUGGUAGAUGUGAGCGGGAGUGUCAGUGGGCUGACCCUGAAGUUGAUAAGAACAUCAGUGUCUGAGAUGCUGGAAACUCUUUCAGAUGAUGAUUUUGUGAAUGUUGCUGCUUUCAACAGCAAUGCUCAUGACGUCAGCUGUUUCCACCAUCUUGUUCAAGCAAACGUACGAAAUAAGAAGGUUCUGAAAGAAGCCGUGAAUAACAUCACUGCUAAAGGGACAACAGACUACAAGCAAGGCUUCAAGUUUGCUUUUGACCAGCUCCGUAAUACUAAUGUGUCCAGAGCCAACUGUAAUAAGAUCAUCAUGCUGUUCACUGAUGGAGGGGAAGACAAGGCAACAGAAACAUUUAAACUGUACAAUAAGAAUAAAACCGUUCGAGUAUUUACCUUCUCUGUCGGCCAGCAUAAUUAUGAUAAGGGGCCUAUACAGUGGAUGGCCUGUGAAAACAAAGGUUACUAUUAUGAAAUCCCAUCCAUUGGAGCAAUUCGAAUCAACACACAGGAAUAUUUAGAUGUCCUUGGAAGACCAAUGGUUUUGGCUAGAGAAAAGGCGAAACAAGUACAGUGGACUAAUGUUUAUUUGGAUGCUCUGGAGCUUGGUCUGGUCAUCACUGGUACUUUGCCUGUUUUCAAUCUGACAGGAGACCGAAAAGAAAAUAAAAACCAAUUGAUACUUGGUGUGAUGGGUGUAGAUGUUUCGUUAAAAGAUAUUAAAAGGCUCACUCCUCGCUUUACACUAUGUCCUAAUGGAUAUUAUUUUGCCCUUGAUCCUAAUGGAUAUGUGUUGCUCCAUCCGAAUCUUCAACCAAAGAAUCCAAAAUCACAGGAGCCAGUAACGCUGGAUUUCUUGGACGCAGAACUGGAAAAUGAACAUAAAGUGGAGAUUCGUAAUAAAAUGAUAGAUGGAGAGAUUGGAGAACGCACUUUCCAAACAUUAGUCAAAUCUCAGGAUGAGAGGUACAUUGACAAAGCAAACAGAACUUAUACAUGGGGUCCAGUGAAUGGAACAGACUACAGUCUUGCCUUGGUGUUGCCAUCCUACAGUUUUUAUUACAUUAAAGCUAAACUUGAAGAAACAAUAACUCAAGCAAAAUUCAAAAGGGGCAAAUUAAAGGACUCUGAAACUCUGAAGCCUGAGUAUUUUGAAGAUGUUGGCUCCACUUACUUAGCACCAAGGGAAUACUGCACUGAUCUGCCGAUAUCGAGUAAUAAUACAGAAUUCCUAUUAAAUUUCAACCAGUACAUAGACACCAGAACACCAAGUAGUCCAUCAUGCAAUAAGGAAUUGAUUAACAGAGCCCUACUGGAUGCAGGGUUUACAAAUGAUCUUGUACAGAAUUAUUGGAAAGGACCAUUACCGAGAGGGGUGGGUGCUAGAUUUGUAACGACAGACGGUGGAAUUACAAGAGUUUAUCCAAAAAGUGCAGGGGAGUACUGGUUUGAAGAUCCUGAAACAUAUGAUGACAGCUUCUACAAGCGCAGUCUGGACAAUGACAACUAUGUGUUUACUGCUCCAUACUUCAACAGAACCGGUCUUUCCUCUUUUGAAAAUGGUAUAAUGGUGAGCAAGGCAGUAGAAAUAACCAUUGAUGGUAAAUUACUUAAGCCUGCCGUUGUUGGAGUAAAAAUAGACUUUCAAAACUGGAUGGAGAAUUUUACAAGCGCUACCACAAAAGAAUCGUGCAGGAUCGAUGAAGUCUGUAACUGUAAACUGGACAGCUCGCAACUAGACUGCAUAAUUCUCGAUGAUGGCGGGUUCCUUCUAAUGUCAAAUCAAAAAAAUUACAACUCUCAGAUUGGCAAAUUCUUCGGAGAGAUUGAUCCAAGCUUAAUGAAAAAGCUUGUUAACAUUUCUGUGUAUGCUUUCAAUAAGUCUUAUGACUACCAGUCUGUAUGUGAUCCAGGGGAAGAGCCAGCAAAAACGGCUGCUCCUCGCUCUGUGUUUGUGCCUACCAUAGCAGAUAUUUUAAACCUUGGAUGGUGGGCUUCUGCCGCUGCUUGGUCAAUACUACAGCAGUUAUUUUGGAGCAUUGCUUUCCCACGGUUUAAUGAGGCAGCUGAAUUUGAUGAUGACGACUUUACCGCUAUUCUGGCAAAACAGAGCUGUAUUACUGAACAAACCCAAUAUUUUUUUGAAAAUGACAACCGAUCAUUUAGUGGGUAUCUAGACUGUAUUAACUGCACAAGAAUUUACCAUGUUGAAAAGCUUCUGAACACCAAUUUGGUAUUCAUAAUAGUCGACAGUCAUCACACAUGUGAUGCUUGUGAUCAACAGCCUCUUAUACAGGCAGAACAGCGCUCUAAUGGUCCAGAUCCAUGUUUGCUUGCCCAGAAUCCAAGGUAUAGAAAAGGUCCAGAUGUUUGCUUUGAUCAAGAUGAUUUGGAGGAUGACAGUGAUUGCGGUGGUGUCUCUGGGUUGGCUCCUUCGCUGUGGUCCAUGAUAGGCAUUCAGUUUGUCUUGCUUUGGCUUUUAUCUGGUAGCAAGCAUUGUCAGUUAUGACCCUGAAAACCAAAAUCUACAUUACUAAUGUCAACAUCCUGCCAAAAGAUUUACCUUAUAUGAGGUCAUUUGAUUCAGACAAUUGAAGAAUGGCUGUCUCUAUGUUGGAACUCAAUAAUGUAUGAAGGAUUCAGAGAGACACCUACAAAGUCUGCAUGUUGGAGUGUCAAAUUCUCAAUGGCAACUUGUGUGAAUGCUGCAUCAUCUAUGCCGCCAGAACAGAAUCUACAGUAAAUGUGCUUUAUUGAACAAUCUAUGAUGAUCUCUUUGUUGCAUCGUCAUUGACUUUAUGUAAAAGGGCUCCCUUUAAUAUUGCUUCUGUACAACAUGAUUUGUAGAAUUUAUUUUGACUUUUGGUUUGUUGCAUUCCCAGCCCUAUAUGCGUCUAUUUGUGUAUAUCAGAUCUAUUUUAUUAUUGUGCACUGUGUUUAGAACAGAUCUAUUGCUUUUAAUAUAUAAAUGUAUGUGACAAAAUUGAAAUGCUCCUGUUUUAGUCAAGUACAAAUAUAUUGGUUAAUCUUAUAAACAAACAAACAAACAAACAAACAAAAAACUGAAAUGCCUUAUACUGUAUAUUGAAUGGCUUGAUUUGUCAAAUUGGAGUAAAAAACACAUAAAAAGAAGUACACUGUAUGUUCUGGAGGUUUAAUGGUCAUCAAAGAAUAUUAAAUAUAUACUGUAUAUUAUUUACAUAUACAUUUAAAUGGGUAUUUGAGAGUUUGAACUUUGUGACUCUCUUUGGGUGCCGUGUAAACUUUUCAACUAUAGUUUUGUACAUGUUGUUCUGUAUAUUGAUGCUAACCAAAUCCUCUUCAAUGAUGAGAACCAUUCAAGUGAAUAUGUUUUGUUCUGGAAUCUUACCAAUGGUAUUUAGCAUGUUAAUGCUGCUGCUAUUUUAUUUGUUAGGAUGAAUUUGGGGGCAACAGCCUUAUUUCUGAGUGACUUUUGUUGUGUAACAAACGUCAGCAUUGCAAUGUGAUGCUAAUCAGCUUACCGUAAUACAUGAUAAACCAAACAUCCAGGUGCAUUGCAAUGAAAUCCAGAUAAGUGAAUUCAAGGUAGUUGAAUGUGCUCUAUGCUCUAAGGCUGUACUUCCCACUCACCGUAAUCAAGGCAGUAAACAGUCCAGAUUUUAAGGAUAGCCAUACUUGAGCACAGAUGACUUAAUUAGUACUGUGCUCAAGCAUGGCUAUCACUAGAACCUGGACUGUGAGUGUGUCUCCAGGACCGAGCUUGGGAAACACUGCUCUGAGGGUAUCAUUGAAUAGUGUGCUAUCAGAAAUAUUUAUUUAUUCUAUUUACUUACUGUAAUAGUCACAGUUGUAAAAAAAAGUUGUAAAAAAACAUUGUGUAUGUAUGUGGAGGGGAAUUUACCAACAGCGAUUUGGUCAAAUCAACAGUUUUUCGUGAUAUUUUAGGUAAAGUUGCAAACUGACGGAUUUACCAAAAUUAAAACAUGAUUUGCCACAAAUGUUCUGCAAACAAAUGGUUGAAUUUAUUAAGUAACAAAAACACAAGCAGCUACUAAACCCCCUAGAAAAAUUGGUACUUCUGAAUGGCCAGAUUGUUUAUGUUAAUUGGGUCAUAUUAAUUAAUGAAAGCGGCUGCCAUUAUUUUGCAUACUUGUGGUGGUACCAACAAGCAUGUGCCUCUAUCAUUAAUAAAAGUGAUAUAGUCCCAAUUAGCAUGCAAAUAUGAUUGGCCAGAGAGUCCUAUUGGAGACGCUAUAUAAAUAAAAUAGUAUUAUUAAGAUUAUAAAAAUAAUAUUAACCGCUUUAUAUUUAUUUAAUAUAAUUUUGUCCACUUAAUACAUUAAUUUAGUAAUUUGCCUCCAAUAAUAAAUGUUUUAAAUAAUUUUGCCUCCAUAAACAUAUAUACUUAUUAAUUGUUUUCUACCCCUAAAGUCACUAAUAAUCAUUAGUAACUUAAUUUAUAUGUUCAUUAGAUUCUAGCUGGACAGAUAGCUCAAAUUGCAUGGGCUGACUAAGGGGGACAUGUACUAAGCAGUCAUAAAAGUGGAGAAGUGAGCCAGUGGAGAAGUUGCCCAUGGCAAUCAGUCAGCGAUUCUAUAUAUGUUUAUAGUAUGCAAAUUGUGAAUGUUAUGUCAAUGCUGAUUGGUUGCCAUGGUAACUUCUCCACUGGCUCACUUCUCCACUUUUAUCACUGCUUAGUACAUCUCCCCCAUAUCCAUUUUUUUGCCAUGUUACAUGAGAUUUCAGCCAAAUUGCUGCAUUUUGCCAGAGGUUUGGGUUUGCAGCUUCUAAGAUUCUACAUAAUAAAUUAGGCAGCAUAGAGAGUAAAACAUGUGGCAAUAGGUGGUGGUUACUAGAAAAGAACAGCUUUUGAUAAAUUCUCCCUUUGGUCUUUAUAGGCUUAAUAUAAUAAUUGGUUAGCUCUUACAGUAAGAAGCAAAAGAAAGUAAGCUAAUAGUUGCUUGUAACCAUAACAUUUCAAAGUAUACCUAGGUCAUUCUGAAACUUGUGGGUUAUAUACUGUUUCCAUUUACAUCAGUUGGGAAGGCCAUUUUAUGGAACUGAUGUUCUGUAACCUAGGAAUAGAGUAGGAGUGUCUAACCUAUGGAUCGGGACUCAAAACAUGGAUCACCAUUGUCUUGUAUUUUUACAAAAGGAAUUGAGUGCUAUCAAUUAAUAGCCUACUAACUGUGCAAACACCCAAUUACCUGUGCAUAAGUGGUUAAAAAGUGCUUAAAUAAAAUCUGAACUUUGGUUGUAAAGGUUAUUCACAUACCUAAUUUAGGUCUGGAACUAUAACUCCUAGGCCUGGUCAACCUGUGGCUCUCCAGCUGUUGUGAAACUAUACAGGUUGGCCAGGCCUACCCUAGAUCAAGUGCUAAAAAAAGAUGGCAUACAGUUUAUGGUGCAUUGAGAAACAAUUUGCACAUGUUUUCUGUAUACCCUCCCAAGUGUUGGUUGUCUCCAAAGUCACCAAAGACCAAAAUUCAAAACAAAAGGGAUAAACUAAUCAAAUGACAUAGAGAUGUAACAAUAAACAAGAAAAUUUAAUCUUAAUUCCAAUUUAGGGGUCUAUUCGGAAUUGCCGUCAAAUCGGUGAAAUGGCACUUUCUGACUUUUUUAGGUCGAAUCUGGAUUCGACCUAUUCAAGUCAAGUGCCAUUUUUCUGACUGGUCGGAAAACACGUGGUUCGGCGGAUUAGUGGCGGAUCCACGUAUUUUGUCGAAUUUGUGGGCAUUUGACAGAUUUUUGGCUUGUUUUCGCCAAUGGCGAUUCGACUUUAAAAAAAGUUGGAUCGGCAUUGUCGAAAACAGGCUAAACCUGUCGAAAAUGCCCACAAAUUAAAUAGUGCAGUGUCGGACCCAUCCAAUUGAAUACACCCCUAAUAUAGGAACAUUUAUUUUAUAAAUAUUAACUAUAAAAUGCCCAAAUAUAUUAUAUACAUAUUUAACAUAUAGAUUUAGAGAAAUAAUUGAGCAAAUUCUACUGUAAAUUUAAGAUACCUUUUUAACCUCCUCAUAAUAAUUUUAUUGUGAAGUGAAACCUAAGAUUCUAACCUAAAAUUAAUAGUUGGGUGGUCUGCUUUUUCAUUACAAAAUGACUAAACUAAAAUCAAUGUUAGCUACAGUGAAAUAAAAUAUAAAGGUUUAGAGCUGAUAAAUGAAUAUACAGUAUUUCAAAAAGAAUAUGCAGUAAAUCUAGUAUCAGUAGAUGCUGACAUUCAGGGUUGGACUGGCCCACAGGGGUACACUGCCUGAGGCCUUACCUCCUCCUUUAGGGAUCAGGUUCCAGACUGUUACCUUAUACUUUGCAGGACUAUCUGCAGGACUAUCUUGACUUUCUACAGCGCAUUACUGUUAUUAAUCUGGUAAUCUUUCUACAGUAUAUAUAUUUAUCAAUGUGGCUGCUGGCCACACCCAUUCUAGAGACUGGUCACACCCUUAAAGAUGGGCCCCUACCGCUGCAUUUUCUUACUGGGCCCUUCAUGCCCCAGUCUGACACUGCUGACAUUAUAUGAACAAAACAUUGCUAAAGGAAUAAUUUAAGAGUUCCUCUGAAAGCCUAGAGACACAAUGAAAAAGUGCGUUUUUAUAAAUUUGCACUAUAGACCUAAUAAAUAGUUAAAAUAUUUAUUAACAUUGUUUAAAUCUUUAUUACAAUUUUUAAUACAAUAUUUAGAUCGUCUAAGACUAAGUCAAAUAGAAGUACAAUAAAUACAGUAUAUGUAUAGAAAACACAGAAUGAUUAAAACUGUUUAUCCAUGCAGUAUAUACGGCAUCAAUUAUUUUAUGAUAUAGAUUAAAACUAUAUGAGACUCAAACAUAUACGGUAAAAAAACAUGGUCUGACAUACAAAAUAAAAUGGUUGCAGCCAAACAGGAUACAGUAUUAACAUUGCAACAGAUGCAUAACAAUAUGUGAUACAAGAGCCAAGGAGCAAUAAUAGGAUAGGCUAUUAAUUUCCAGUGCCAUAACAAGGCGGCACUGUGCCCUGUGUCGGUACCGACACCUCUACACACAUGAUGUCAUUACGUCAUGCCUAAGGCUGCGGGGCCUCUGACAGUGCCGCUGGCUAUGGGGUAGGGCUGCAGAUACCGCAGAAGACUCCGGUAAGUAGAGCACUGUUCAAUGUUAGCAGUGUUCAUCUGUCCUAAGGAUGCUGCGGGUGCCUCUGGUAUAGGGCUAGUGGCUGCAUGGUGGCUUCAAGGUACCAUUCAUGCAAGUGCCAGGUGCAAUGACGAUGCCAGCCACACAGCCCUGUGAAGUAGCAAUACUUGCACACCCCUAUUUACAGGCCUGUUCAUUUAUAUUUUGAAGUGCUACAUUCUAUUGCUGCUAAGAGUGUUAAGUAUAUUAUUAGAUUACUGUAUUAUUUUGCUUUGCUAAGAUCACGGUAUAGAAUGUCAAUGUGAAUGGACUAUCUGUGUGGGAUAGGCAUUUAGAAAAAGCAGUUAUAUAAGAGCAGAUCAGUUUGUAAUCUAUAGGGUUUAUUUUACAAAGUGAUGGGUUUCAAUUGCCUAGCACUUUUGAGCUGGUUUAUGCCGAUAAUUAAAAGGGCAGUGUGUUGAUCAGCAAGGGCCAGCUAGCAAAAGCAUUGCUCUUUAAAAUAUUGGCCAUACAUACGCUCAGAAGUGCCAGGUUUUACAACCUAUUGCUUUGUAAAUAAACCCCUAUAAUGAUUAGUUAGAAUGAAAUGGGCUAGAAGGUCAUAAUCUGCCCGAUAUAUAAACAUUUCAAACAGAUAAGCGAAGUGUACUGUCUGGACAGACAGACACCUUCACUGCUCAGGAUAUUAUGUUUGACAUUUAGAUAACAAGACUGACUACUAGCUCUGAAUCAGUGACAAUACUGUACUGGUAAUAAAUAAUAUAUGGUGGGAUGAUACUGAAUAAGAAUCACAUCUCACUGCUUCCACAAAUAGUACAAUGCCUGAUUCUUUUCAUUAAAGGAUAUUCUAUCCUUAAAAUAAAUACUACAGCAUAAGGGAAGUAUACAUCAUUAUCAGGGCUGGGCUGCAUCACACGCCCAGUGUUGGGAGACAGGCAGAAGAAGCUCCCCAGAAACUCCAAUUGAGUUAGUGUCUUCUGCCUGUCUUCUAGCCGCCUGUUACAUAUCUGCCCUGCAGUUUUUGAAUGUGUUAGUCUAAAUGUUAAUUGGUGGUUAGCUCUAGCCAUCCACCACGCACACUGAUUGGUGGAAGGCUGGAGUUAUUCACCAAUGUGGGUUCAGAAGACUGCAAGAAGAGUAAUUGCUUGAGGAGAUGGUAUGUAGAUUUUUCUUUAAGAAAGGGGAUUAGAUCUGUGGCAUUAGUUUCAAAAUGACGGAACAACAUAACAGUAAUGUCAGUGCUGGCAGCUGUUCACACCAAAAUUGAGCAACACUUGAAUUGCGCUGUUGGGCGCCAUCUAGUGACCGCCAGCACGCAUAUCACUUGAAUUCCCCCCAUAGUGGUGAGGAACAGCAUUUGCCUUUUAUUAUAUAGGAUUAAGGAGAUGUUUUUGUGUGUGUCUGUGUUUGUAUGGGGGGGAGGGGGGAACAAGUCCAGCGUAUUAUUUUUAAUGAGGAAAUUGCGUUUGUGGGAGCGGCAAAUCUGGGGCUUGAUUUUUCAUGAGGAAGAAGGAAGGGGAAGCAAAUCUUGGAUUGUUUAUAAUCAGGUGUAUGUGGGGGUCAUCAUGCCCGUAUUUCCCACAAGACAACCUAGGCACCUGCAUAGGGCCUGACAGGUCUCAGGUGGCCCAUGGCCUGGCCCCACUAAAUCUGGCCCAUCAAUGAUUCAUCUCAAAGGCAGGCUUCUACUUAAAUGUUUUACAGAGGCUCAGUAAUGGGGCUCAGACAGUAUUAACCACUAAUACUGACACUGAGCUCCAUUACUGUGCCACUGCAAAAUAUUCCCAGAGGAGCACUGUGCAACCACCGCAUGAUCACAUGACACAGUGAGAAGAUCAGUAGCUGAUUUUCCUGCAGCCCCCCAGGUACAUUUCUGCCACCCCACUCAGUGUCACUGAAGCCAGAUGCAGUCUGUGACUGCAUUGACUUCAGAGCAUAUGGCAGUGACUUCCUAUUGGUAGUCCUACCUGUCAAUCACAGACACCACAAGCAGUCCCGUUGAGAGGUGCUUCCUGGACUGCUAGACUGGGCAGCGAUUAGUAGAGAGCUGGGGGUAAAUUUACUAAAGCUUCUAAAAUAGAGAAUUGGUGAUGUGUCCCAUCGCAACCAAUUAGAUGCUGUCUAUCAUUUUCUAAAAGUCAAUAGAGAAAUGAUAGACAGCAUAUUAUUGGUUGCUAUGGGUAACAUCACCAAUUCUCUGUAUUAGAAGCUUUAGUACCUUUACCCCUUGGCUUCCUGCAGGAAGUUACUCCCUGCCUUAUCAUCAGCCAUAUUUGGCUUCUAUAGGCUACAGCCUAUGCAGUCCAUAGAUGCUGGGGUUUUGCACAUGUGCAGUCGCACCACCACGUCUGUGCAUGCUCUGGUCCCAUCACCUGCCAGAUCCAUUGUGCAGGUGUCGGGACCCAAAGCUGGCUGCCUCUUCUUUGGGUAUGGGGGUAGCAGCAUUCCCCUACUACAAUCUAUAUAAUAUGAGUUUCCUUCUAUGAUUAAUUUGUAUCAGGAACUAUGUUGGUGUAAAAUAAUGGGCAUUUUGCUGCUAUAUUGCAAGUGGCACCACUACUAGUGAAAUGUGAAGCUACACACAUCCAUUAUAAUAUGAUACAUUUCACAGUGAUAAAAUACCAACCAACCAGCUCCUAACUGCCAUGUAUCAGGCUGUGUUUGAAAUAUGACAGUUAGGAGCUCAUUGGCUGAAAUGUUAUCACCAUGUAAUGUAUCACUCUCCAAAGCUUGAUAAAUCUGGGCCAUAGUCUGCAAAAAGUGAUGUCAACUAUGAAAUUUAAUAUAAUAACGUAAGGAAAAUGUGAUAUUGGUCACAUUAAUCAUGUAAACAGAACAAUUAUAUAGGUGUGUUACAAAAUGUCGACAUCAGAAUGUCAAAAUAGUCUGAACAUCGACAUUUCAAAUGCUGCAUGCAGGUUUGACAUACAGUAUGACGUCUCAACAUGCAUAAGGAUGACAUAGUCAUACUGCCGACAUUUUUCAUAUAAACAUUUGGCAUGUCAACAUAACAUUUUUCAAAUGUAGCUCUAACCCUAACCACAGACAACCCUAAACAUUAUGUCCAUCCAUUCUCGACACUGUGACUGUUUAUAUGUUCACUGUUGACAUAACAUCCAUCUCAAAAUUCUGAAUAUCGACAU